AUGGUUCCUCGUGUUGCCAGCUCCAUUCUUCUCUUCGCCCUGUUGACUCUGGGACAGGAGUGUCCUCCUAACCCUGGCACAGAUCCCAACGAGCCAUCGUUCGGAACUCCAGUCCCAAUCCGCCCAGAAGACAUCCCUAGUGGAUGUUCUGAUUUCGAGAUUCUCGCUGCUCGCGGAACUUCCGAGAUCGGCAAGUUUGGUUAUCGGAUCGGGGACCCCCUCAUCGGAAACGUGACUGAAACCCUUCCAGGCAGUCGAGGGUAUCCAGUUCAGUACCCGGCAAGCUCCGACUUUGCCAAUGGAGUUGCUCAAGGCGGUCUUGACGUUAUCAACCGAAUCGAAAGCCAGUCACAGAUUUGCCCUGAUCAAACCUUCUCUUUAGUGGGAUACUCUCAAGGAGCUAUGGUAAUGCGCAACGCGAUCGGCAACCUUUCGGAAUCGCUGUUCGAAAAGGUCAAGUCGAUCGUCCUGUUUGGAGAUCCAGAAAUCGACUCGGAGAUUCCUGCAGAGUUGGAGGCGAAGCUUUUGGAAAACUGCGCGACGGGAGACUUUGCGUGCGACAAGUCUGGAACGACAUGCCCCUACGGGCAUAUCACAUACUCCUUCCCCGAGUGGAUUGAGCCGGCUGAGGAUUUUAUUGUCAAGGCAUUCUCUUCUUGA